AUGGCACACACUCUGCCAAGCUGGUCUGCUCCACGAGUGCGAGAAGAGUUCUUUGCCUUUUUCCGCGCAAGAAAUCAUGUCUUCGUACCGUCCUCGCCCACCGUUCCCUUUGACGACCCUACCCUGCUCUUUGCUAAUGCAGGCAUGAACCAGUUCAAAUCCAUCUUCCUUGGUACCGUUGAUCCCCAAUCGGACCUGGCAAGACUCAGUCGGGCCUUCAAUAGCCAGAAGUGCAUCCGGGCGGGUGGAAAACACAACGACCUGGACGAUGUGGGGAAGGACUCAUAUCAUCACACGUUCUUCGAAAUGUUGGGAAACUGGUCGUUCGGCGAUUAUUUCAAGAAAGAGGCGAUUGCCUAUUCCUGGGAGCUCCUCACUGAGGUGUACAAGCUCCCCAAGGAUCAGCUCUACGUUACCUACUUCGAGGGUGACCGUAAGAAUGGCCUAGCCGCAGAUCUUGAAGCGCGGCAGUUCUGGAUUGCCCAAGGAGUUGCUGAGGAUCAUAUCCUUCCGGGAGACGCGAAAGAUAAUUUUUGGGAGAUGGGUGCAACUGGCCCUUGCGGGCCGUGCAGUGAGAUCCACUUUGAUCGCAUCGGCGGACGAAAUGCUGCGUCCCUGGUCAACCAUGACGAUCCAGACGUUCUCGAAAUCUGGAACAACGUUUUCAUACAGUUUAAUCGCGAAGAUGAUGGCUCGUUGAAAUCCCUCCCAUCCAAGCAUGUAGAUACAGGGAUGGGAUUCGAACGCCUCGUAUCUGUGAUUCAAAACAAGCGCUCGAACUACGAUACUGACAUCUUUACCCCCAUCUUCGCACGCAUCCAAGAAUUGACUGGAGCUCCGCCCUACGGAGGUCGAUUCGGCGAGGAUGAUGAAAAUGGUGUGGAUACGGCUUACCGCGUAGUGGCCGAUCAUGUCAGAACCUUGACCUUUGCUCUGAGCGACGGGGGCGUUCCCAACAAUGUCGGCCGCGGUUACGUCUUGCGACGUAUCCUCCGUCGAGGAUGCCGAUAUGCCCGCAAAAAGCUAGGUGUCAAUAUCGGGUCCUUCUUUUCGUCCCUUGUCCCUGUUGUCAUCGAGCAAAUGGGCGACGUUUUCCCAGAAAUCACUAAGAGGACCCAAGAAAUCAAAGAGAUUUUGGACGAAGAAGAAGAGUCCUUCUCUCGCACGCUAGAUCGCGGCGAAAAGCUCUUUGACCAGUAUGCAGCGAGGGCGAAGCUAUCGGGUGCAAAUAAAAUGUCGGGCAAGGAUGUCUGGCGAUUGUAUGAUACUUACGGCUUCCCGGUCGAUCUCACCCGUCUCAUGGCUGAAGAACUUGGGCUCGAGAUCAAUGACGAAGAGUUUGAGGCAGCCCAGGCGCACUCGAAGCAAGCAAGCAAAGCAAAUCAGAAGAAGACAGACAAGGACGCUGUUAAACUGGAUGUUCACGACAUUGCUGCUUUGGAGAAAACGCGGAAUGUCCCAAAGACUGAUGACUCUGCCAAAUACUCGCUUGGCAACACCAAUGCUCGCAUCCUCGCAAUAUACUCCAACAAGACUUUCCUAGAUUCCACGUCAACAGUCCCGGAAGAUUCGAUGUUCGGGCUCGUUCUCGAUCGCACAAGCUUCUAUGCCGAAUCAGGUGGCCAAGAGUAUGACACUGGAAGCAUUGUCAUCGAUGAUGUUGCCGAAUUCGAGGUCACAAAUGUGCAAGUAUUCAGUGGUUAUGUUCUGCAUAUUGGCCACAUGAAGUACGGGAGUUUGAGCUUGGGUGACGAGGUUGUCUCGUCAUAUGACGAGUUGCGACGAUGGCCUCUUCGCAACAACCACACAGCAACGCACAUACUAAAUUAUGGUCUGAGGGAAGUUCUGGGCGAUCACGUCGACCAGAAGGGCUCACUCGUGGCGCCAACAAAACUACGUUUCGAUUUCUCGCACAAGGCGCAGAUUGCACCGCAGGAUUUGACGAAGAUUGAGGGCAUAAGCCGAGAUUGGAUACGCAAGAAUGUGCAGGUGUACAGCAAGGAACUCGAUCUCCCCACUGCCUACAAAAUUUCCGGUCUUCGAGCCGUAUUCGGAGAGUCAUACCCUGAUCCAGUACGAGUUGUCGCCCUCGAGUAUCCCGUCGACGAGAUCACUGCAGACGUUGAGAAUCCAAAAUGGCGUACUACAAGUGUUGAACUCUGUGGGGGAACACAUGUUGCCAAGACCGGAGAUAUCAAAGACUUCAUCAUCACGGAGGAAUCUGGUAUUGCCAAAGGUAUUCGACGUAUUGUGGCGAUCACAGGACAUGAGGCUGCAGAGGCACAUCGCAGAGCGGACGCGCUUGCAGCGACACUCGCUCGGCUAGAAUCGAUGCGCGGGGGUGAGAAGGAUGCAGGUCUGAAGAGCCUUACCGUGGAACUCGGACAAGCAGAAAUCUCUGUGCUCAGGAAGGCGGAGCUUCGGGAUCGUCUUGCAGUAGUGCGCAAGGCCUUCGAUAAGGAGACGAAGGAAGCCGAGGCGAUCGCUACCAAAGCGGUCGUCGAAAACAUCACUGAGUUCUUCAAACGCGAGGAUACUGCUGAGGUGUAUCUCACGAUUCUUGACUCUACGGGAAAUGCCAAGGUACUGCAAGCUGCUGUUCAGCAUGCCAAGAAGUUGGGCAAGUCAAUAUAUGUGUUCAGCCCCGACAUCGCCUCUGGCAAAGUGGCGCACGUCAACUAUGUGUCGCCCACGAUGAAGGCGAAGGGACUAGACGCUCGUUCCUGGGGUAGUGUCGUGACAGAGAUUGUUGGCGGGAAGGCCGGAGGGAAAGAAGACACUGCGCAAGGGGUUGGGCUUGAGCCAGGCAAGGUAAAGGAGGCUCUUGAGGCCGCGCAGAAAUACUUCGUCCAGCACACCAAUGUAUCAUAGAGCUUACUGCAUUGUACUCAUCGAACCGUUCGUCAUGUAGCAUAGCUUGAAAAGAUUGUCUCGUAUAUUUUGCCUU